UUUAAAUGAACAAGAUAACCUGAAAAUACAAGGGGGCUGUCAUUCAUGGCAUGGACAAUAUGUCUUCACAUUAGGCUACUCAUACAGCAGAUAAACUCAUACUCAGGGUUGUUGUUACUUGUGGCAUCAAGUCAACAAGGUGAAAAGUUUAUACACCAAUAGGUGUAGUCGGCCAUAAAACUUUGAAGAAGAAAAUUAUUAAUGGGAAACAUGGGAAAUGCAGUUUAGACGCGGAGUCUGGGGUCGCCAUCAUCAUGCGUUUUUUCCCCCCGAUGUUCAGCCAGUGACGAUAUCAGCAGGCAUUAUGUGUUUGUUUUACGAAUAAGUACUUGAAGUAGAUUUAUUUUUGUUUCUGUUGUCGUUUUAUUUAGGCUUUUGCCAGUGUAUUUGCUUCCCUUCGUCGUCUCCGUUCGCGGGGAUCUCAGAGAGGAGCUAUGUACAACGGCAUUGGCCUGACCACGCCGCGAGGCAGCGGCACUAACGGCUAUGUGCAGCGUAACCUGUCGAGCGUGCGUGCAAAGCGUCCACGGGACGAGCGCGGUGGCGAGCGGGACGAGAAGGACCGUGAGAGGCUGGAGAGCCAGCUGAACCGUCAGCCCAACGCAGAGAUCCUGGAGCACCAGAGAAAGAGGCAGCUGGAAGUCAAGUGUGCAGAGCUGCAGGACAUGAUGGAAGAGCAGGGGUACUCAGCUGAGGAGAUUGAAGAGAAGGUGAACAGCUUCCGCAUGAUGCUGCAGGAGAAGCAGGAGCCGCCUUCAGCCCCUACCGAGAGACCAUCGGCGACAGAGACUCACGCCCUGGCUGCAGCCAAUCAGCAGAAGAACGACCGGCUAAAGGCGGCAUUCGGCAUCGCCACUGACUACGUAGACGGCUCCUCCUUCCACCCGGAACGCAAGGAGCGAGAGAAGGAGAAGAGGGAGCAGGAGAGGCUGGAGAAAGAGAAGCAGCAGAAAUACGUGCUGGUAGAAGAGUCAGAGGACUCGGACUCACCAGCCCGAAAGCAGAGCCGUAAGAAGAAGAAAAGGAAGAAAAACAAGAACAGAGACAGCUCAGAGAGUCCCUCCCCCUCUCCUACACGGGUGAAAACUAAAAAGAGGAAAAAGAAAAGCUCCUCAGACGAGAAGCAGGCGUCCAAGAAAAAACGCAAGAGAAGUGAAAAUGAGACUCCGCCCCAGGGUAAGACACGGCGCCAUAGGAGUGGGUCCUCAAGCUCUGCUCACAGCCAAUCCCCUCCCCUGCUGAGAGAGAGGCAGCAGAACCAGCCAGUCAAGAGAGCAGAAGAGGGGAGAAGGGGGCUGGCUCCUGACAGGAGGGGUUGUAGUCGUGAGGACGGGAGUCCACAGCGUCCUGGAGGCAGAGUGAGAUCUCCCAGGUAUCACAGCUCCCCUGAACGCCAACCGAGGGCAAACAAGGAAAAGGAGAAGGAGCGACUGAAGGACAAAGAGAAAAAGAGAGAGAAGGAGCGUGAGAAAGUGAAGCCUACAAGAAAGAGACACGACUCCUCUUCCCCCUCUCCUCCUCGACUGGAACGAGAGAAAGCCAGGCGCUCCAGAAGUGGAGAGCGAGAGAAGGAUAGAGGAAAUCAGAGAACAAUGCUGCAGAGGAGCAGAGACGACUCUUCAUCCCCCUCUCCACCCCCGAAACAACCGGACACCAGGAAACAGAGGAGCGGAAAGGAGGACAAACCACAAAGACGAGACUCCUCUGUGUCUCCAUCACGAGAAAAAGAGGGAGCAAGGAGUGGAGAGGGGGAGCGAGGAAAGGAAAGAAAUGUCCCCCCCCGAGCCCCAGCUGACAGAGAGAGGGGGAGAGGGAAUGAGAAAGGACCUCUCCCUAGUCGGAAAAGCGAUGGAGGGAGGGGUAGAAACUCAUCCCGCGACUCCACAUCCCCUGUCCCUCAAUCACCUCUCGCCAAUGGACGACAGAAAGAGAGGGAGCGUGAGGGAAGGACAGAGAACGAGUGGAAACCGGAGGAGAGGGGUAAAGGGAGGGAGAGGGAAUUGAACGAAGAGAGGCAGAAACAAGAUGAGCGGAGGAAGCAGGAGAGUGAAAGGGAAAAAGAGAGUGAGCGAGACCGAGAUGGAGGGAGAGAGCGCGAGAGAUCUGGCAGAUUGUCUUCUACUCAACAACAUCCGUCUAUCUGUUUGUCUGAAGACCUCCCCGUGGAGCGAGUUGGGGAGAGGGGGACAGUCGAGAGGGAGCGAAAAAGACAAACUGAGGAGGACACCAGGCGGGAGAACAGAGACCAAAGCCUGUCGGAAAAGGAGCAAGACAAGGAGAAGCCGAAAGCGAAGGAAAGCAGCAGCAGUAGCAGCGGGAGUGACAGCGACAGUUCUUCCUCAUCCUCCUCUGGCUCAUCUUCUUCAUCCUCCGACGAGGAAGAGAAGAAAAGGGAAACCAUGGCGAAGAGCAGCCCGGUGAAGAAAGCCCUCCCCUCCCUCAUCGCUCCUCCCGCCCUAGGUGCCGCCUUCCAGAGGUAUCUGGCCAAUGGGGACAGAGGGAGCGCUUCGGAGAGUGACGAACAGAGAGCUAUAGGGAGAGAGAAGGAAUGUGAGAGAACGGGAGGAGGGGACAGGGUCAUGCUCUCUGAAAGGGAACACCCGCCCCCUGCCGCCCAACGCCCCCCUGCUGCCGAACGUUCCCCCCCCACAGACAGAGAGAAGGAGCGAGGGAGGGGACAGGAGAGGUACAGCCCAACGGAGGUAGAGAGCUCCAGCCCUCCACCCUCUCCUCCCAGAAGAGGAGCCCCCCAAGGCAGAGGCGAGAGGUACGCCCCCACUGAAGUGGAAGGAGAAAAGGAGCGGGAGAAGGAGAAAGAGGGAGGGGUGAAGAGCCAGGCCAGGAGGGCAGAGAGGCACAGCCCCUCUGAGCAGGAGUGGGAGAGGAAGAGGGCGCCCUCCCCAAAAGCCCCCGCAAUAGCAGUUGUCCCGCGGCCCUCCCCCCCUCGCCGCACCCCACCACGGCAGUACCAGGACCCCCCCAAUCACUCCCCCAGCCCUCGACGACAAGCCAGCACCCGGAGAGCCUCGCCCCCUACCCGCUCCCCGACUCGCGCCUACGCACCACGGCGGAGCCGCAGCCGGGAGCUAGAGCACAACCGAGAGAGUCAGAGAGCGAGGGAUAGAGGGGGAAGGGAUUGCUCCAGAGACAGAGGAGCCAGGAGGAGCAGGUCGAGGAGCCCCAGAAGACGCAGUCCCCUCUACAGGUCUUGGCGAUCCCCCUCUCCCAUUCGAGGAAGUAGAAGCAGCCUCUCGCUAUCCAGAGAAAGGCGGAGAGACCAGGAGAGAGAGAAGAAUAGAGAGCUGGAGAGAGCGAGGGAAAAAGAGCGGCAACGUGAAAAAGAGCAAGAGAGGCGAGAGCGUCAACCUAUUAAAGAAGUCCCCCCACCCCGUCGCUCUUCCUCUUCUGGUUCUUCUUCCUCAUCCCCCUCUCCGGCCCGAGAGAGGAAGGAGCUGCCUGUAGAAAAAGUGAUGAAACCAACGGUGGAGAAAGACCGAAGAAGUGAUAGAGACGAACGAGAGAAAGGGGGAGACAGAGGAAGGAAGGCUCGUUCCAUACCCUCACCGCUCCACUCCAAGGAGACCAGUCCCCUUCCCAGCCAAUCAGAAAUCAGAGCCCACCCCAAAGAAACACGUCACUCUGACCCACCCCACUUCAGGUCACCACAGGCCCUCAGCCAUUCAGAGACCAGAGUAUCUCUACGAGACACCUCGAGGACCCAAUCUCCUCUCCCCUCACGCGGCGCUACUGAUCCCUCAGACCGACCAGUCAGGACUGAAAACGGUGUGAGUGAGAAGGGGGCCAAAGAGAAAAGGAAAGGAAAGUUAGGCAGCCCCAGCUCUUCAUCUUCUUCUUCCUCCUCCUCAUCUUCCUCUUCAUCAGACAGUUCUGACUCUGAUGCAGAGCAAGGAAAAGCAGGUGACAGGAUAACGGCUGCCCAUAGCUCCUCCUCCUCCUCCUCUUCUGAAAGUGAGAAGGAAGACAAGAAAAAGUGCCCAGCGCAACCUCAAAGAGUGCCAGCUGAUUCGCUGAGAGACUCUCGCUCCCUCAGCUACUCUCCACCCAGACAGAGGCGACCUGCACAUUCUCCACCCACCCGCAGGAGUGGCAGCAGACAGUCCCCAAGCCGAUCGCCAAGCAGUAGGAGAAGAAAAUGAUCCUUCGCUCUGAAGUGUAACUGCCACUUUCCCUCCCCCUUCCUCCAUCCAAACACUUCUGGGCUGGAUUGAACUGGACUGUAUCAUUUGGAUAUUAAAGGGAGGGGAAGUUAAGGACAUUUGAUCUGUGAAUGACUGAGUGAAUUAAGCUUUGUUGUUGAUUCUGUGGCAUGAGGAUAGCACCACAGGAAGAAAACGUUGGCAGAAUUUGAAUCGCAACAGAGACCAAGAGGUCUGCUUUUAGUCAAGGGGUUUUGUACAUUUUGUUUUAUGCUGUACUGUAAGGAAGAAAUGUAACUGUAAAUGGUAGGUGGAAAAGCCCAUGGUAGGAAAGUUAAGCACAGAAGCUUUCCAGACUCAAAACACUGUGCACACCCACACAGUCCUAUUCAAUCAUCUCAAAACAACAAAGUAACAUUCACUGUGCAUUUUCUUCCCCUCUGUAUUUGUGUUGAUCAACAUGUAGAUAUGACCCAUCUGUGUUUUGGUUAUCGCUGAAUUAUGUGAUGUUUCCAUGUUGAUUAGAAACUGCAACUCAUGGUUUGUUUCUCUUUGAAAAUAAUGAAUAAUAAUAAAAAAGUUGUAUCAUU